UGGAAAACGGUGAAAAAAGUUUGGACACCCCUGCUCUAGAGGGCCCUCAUCAGCCAUGAGAUGUUCUCCCACACCUGCAAGAUCCAGGAGACUGUGGACGGGCUGUGCCUGGAAGUGGAGGGGAAGAUGGUCAGUAGGACAGAGGGUGACAUUGAUGACUCGCUCAUUGGUGGCAAUGCCUCCGCGGAAGGCCCAGAGGGCGAAGGUCCCGAAAGCACAGUAGUGGCUGGUGUUGACAUUGUCGUGAACCGUCAUUUGCAGGAAACCAGCUUCACAAAAGAAGCCUACAAGAAGUACCUCAAAGAUGACAUGAAAUCAAUCAAAAGGAAACUUGAAGAACAGAGACCGGAAAGAGUCGCACCUUUUAUGACAGGGACCGCCGAACAAAUCAAGCACAUCCUUGCUCAUUUCAAAAUCUACCAGUUCUUUAUUGGUGAAAACCUGAAUCCAGAUGGCACGGUUGCUCUGCUGGACUGCCGUUUGGAUAGUGUGACCCCAUAGGUGAUUCU